AUGUCUACAACUGUGCUCUCAGAGCUUGAAAAGUUCCUCAAGCCCAUCAUGGAGGUCGUCGAGUCGAACAACGACUCUGACGACUCUGACGAUGAGGAGGGAGGCAAGGUGCGCUUCGGCCACAUCCAGAUACCUCCUUACCGUCUUGGUAAGGCUGAAAUGAUAUUUGUUGUCUCUGCCAUAGAAAAGGACUUGGGGAUCGGAGUGAAGGAUGACGGCAAGGUCGCUCCGGUGAUAUUGACGUUUUCUGAGCUCCUCGAUGCCCUCAGAGCCUCCAAGAAGGGGAAGAACAAGGGCCAAUGGGUCACUGCACAAAAGCCCCCCUGGAAAAAGGGUCAAGCACUCCCAUUGGGAGUUGUCUUGGCACAGUGA